GCUCACGCGCCAGGGCAGGGUUUAAAGCCAGGGUCCCUUCGGCGCGCAGAUCCGGUCCAAGCAGAGAGGCACCUUGGAGAAAGAGGAGGGGGAGGAGGAGGAAGAGGGCGGCGGCGAAGGCUCUCUCUCUCUCUCUCUCUCUCUCUCUCUCUCUCUCCCAUUCCGCCUCUGCCUCCUCCAGCAUCUCCUUUCCUCCCUUCUCACCUGUAUCCUUCGCGGCGGCUGAGAAAAGGCGCGCGUCUUCGGGUGUCAUUUUUGGUGCCGGCUUCUGUCGCCGCGCGCGAGCGCUUCUCAGCCCAGGAUUUGCCUCAGGUGCCCUCCUUCGCCUCAGGUCGGACCCCUCCCCAGCCCUCCGCCAAUCAGGAGCCAGAGGGUUCUCCUGAUUGCCUUGGCCUCCCUUGUGGGGAGGGGGAGAGAGAGAGCAGCCCCCUCGGGUUAACCCUCUCCUCGCCCUGACUUCCCCGUUCUCCUCCCUCUCCCUCUAGGUGCAACCAUGCAGCUGGCCCUGCUCUUCGGCGGUGUCCUCUUUUUAGUCAGCCCUGCAAUGGCCUCAGUGCCCACUGCCAUUACGUGUUUCACCAGAGGGCUUGAUCUCAGAAAGGAUAGAGCAGAUGUCCUUUGUCCAGGCGGCUGUCCUAUGUAUCAGUUCCAAGUCUAUGGAAAUAUUGUGUAUGCCUCCGUUUCCAGUAUCUGUGGAGCAGCUUUGCACAGAGGCCACAUUACCAGUUCAGGUGGACCUGUAAGAGUACAAAUGUUACCUGGGCGAGAGGACUAUUCAGCAGUAUAUGCCAAUGGAAUCCAGUCUCAAGUGCUUUCUAGAUGGUCAUCAUCAUUCACAGUAUCUAGUAUCAAAAGUGGAGCACUGGAAGCAGCUGCAAGGCCCAUUUCAACAGUACGCCCAUCCAUGGGUAAAAAACCCAAAAAGACUAUUGAGAAAAAGUCUGGCAACAAAGACUGUAAAGCGGAUAUUGCUUUUCUGAUUGAUGGAAGCUACAAUAUUGGGCAGCGUAGAUUUAAUUUGCAGAAGAACUUUGUUGGGAAAGUAGCGAUGAUGCUGGGAAUUGGAACUGAAGGACCACAUGUGGGAGUUGUGCAAGCCAGUGAGAAUCCCAAAACGGAAUUUUACCUGAAAAACUUCACUAGUGCAAAAGAUGUCUUAUUUGCUAUAAAAGAGAUUGGCUUCAAAGGAGGCAAUUCCAAUACAGGAAAAGCCUUAAAACAAACAGUACAAAAAUUCUUUUCUCCUGAAAAUGGAGUACGGAAAGGUAUUCCCAGAGUCAUCGUAGUUUUCAUAGAUGGCUGGCCGUCCGAUGAUAUGGAACAUGCUGGUAUACUGGCCAGAGAAUUUGGCAUUAAUGUAUUCAUUGUGUCAAUUGCAAAACCUGCACCUGAAGAGCUUGGAAUGGUUCAAGAUCUUGGCUUUAUUGAGAAGGCUGUUUGUUUAAAUAAUGGCUUCUUUUCUUACAACAUACCAACUUGGUUUGGUACUACAAAAUACGUGAAGCCACUGGUUCAAAAACUUUGUGCUCAUGAGCAUAUGCUGUGCAGCAAAACGUGCUACAAUUCGGUCAACGUCGCCUUCCUGAUAGAUGGUUCCAGCAGUGUUGGCGACAGCAACUUUCGUCUUAUGCUUGAAUUCAUCAGUAAUGUCGCUAAAUCAUUUGAGAUCACAGACAUUGGUGCCAAAAUUGCGGCUAUCCAGUUCACGUAUGAUCAACGCACAGAGUUCAGUUUUACAGACUACAUCACAAAAGAAAGUGUUCUUUCUGCUAUCCGUGGAAUCCGCUACAUGAGCGGUGGCACUGCUACUGGAGAAGCCAUUAGUCAUACUGCCAGAAAUGUGUUUGGACCAGUGAGAGAUGGAGCCAACAAAAAUUUCCUGGUGAUUUUGACUGAUGGCCAAUCUUAUGAUGACGUCCGGGGACCUGCAGUAGCUGCACAGCAAGCAGGUAUCACCAUCUUCUCUAUUGGGGUUGCUUGGGCUCCACUGGAUGAUUUAAAAGACAUGGCAUCUGCACCUAAGGAGACACACACCUUCUUCACAAGAGAAUUUACAGGACUGGAGCAGAUUGUUCCUGAUGUUGUUCGAGCCAUUUGCAGGGAUUUCCUGGAGUCCAAACAGUGAAUGAAAAGUUGAAAUACAUUACUCUGCAAACAUGCUCCAGGAGAAACCAAAGAGGUGUCUUUGAGUGUAAAGCGUUUUGUUAAUCUAGCAUUAUGUUGGAAGUGUAUGAGAUUACUUAAAAACAACUGAUUUUUUAAAGGCAAAAUAGCUAUUGAAGUCAGCAAAAGUUUUGCAAGAAUAAGUAAUCAUUAAAAAUGGCCUCAAAUUAUCAUGGUCCAUGUAUAUUUAAUAUUCUUCAGUUAAAGUGAUUGGGAUCCUAUAAUUAAGAUUAUCCAAUGUGUAUUUUAUGUAUAUAGAGAUAAUAUAGAGCUACUCUUAACAUUAAAUGACAUUACUGAGUCUCAUCACAUAUUAAGCAAAUAAUAAUCUUGAAUAGUUUGCCAAGUGGGAAAAUGCUACAGAAUGCUGUCAUCUGUGGUCACAAGAGAGUUGGGUAAAUGCAGACUUAUUAAGAUAUUUUCAGCAUUACAUUUUAUAAAAGUAAAGCUGUUGUAUACCACCUGCCAAUCAGUUAACUGAUGGUUCUUAGUUUCAUUCUUUCGAACUAUUUUAUGGAAAGUAGGUGAAAAGACCAUUCAUCAAUUAUGCUCUGCUAUUUUACAUGGAGCCCAUCAAUCAGGCUACAACUGGAUCAUGGAUUUUGGUGCGUAUUCAUGUCAGGACUGACUCAUACUGUUAAAUAAUUUCUUAAUUUUAAAAAAUGCUAAAAUUUUGCUUCACAAUUGCAUACACUGAACUCAAUCCGAUAGUUAGCCUCAAGUAGUGAGUGAGGCUUGUCAAGUUAAUUCUCAUAUUCAGUUGAUGGAGUGAAUCUUCCCUAGCUCGGACUAAUAAUUGGAUUUAGUACACUGAUGUAUUCAAACUUUUGAAAAUAUUACAUAUAAAUAUUUUGCAGGACUACUUGCUCUUAAAUUGUGUUUGUCUAACUGACUUUAAUGAAAUGAAAUUUAAAUCUUGGUUUGCAAUAUUAAAUGACCAGUGUGACUAGGCUAUAAACCAGGUGUGGGCAAACUUUGGCCCUCCAGGUGUUUUGAACUCCAACUCCCACAGUUCCUAACAGCCCC